UACGACGCGCAUGGGAAGAUUGUUGCGUCGUCUUCUCUUCAGUCUUCAGCGUCUGUCUUCUCUGAGUCGAAACUUUUCCCACCGCCGGGAUGUCGCCGGCGACGGAGCACGUGCCUCUAUUACCGGCGAAGAAUCAGGCUGCGAGAACGGCGUCGGUCUCCGGCGCGGUGUUUAAUGUGUCGACGAGCAUUAUCGGCGCCGGAAUCAUGUCGAUUCCGUUCACUCUCAAGGUGCUCGGCAUAAUCCCGGCCGUCGUUCUGAUCCUGCUCGUGGCUUUCAUGACCGACAUCUCGGUGGAGCUUUUGCUCAGAUUCACUCAUUCCGGCGAGUCGACGACCUACGCCGGCGUGAUGAACGAGUCGUUCGGCCGGAUUGGUUCGGUUGCUACGCAAGUUUGUGUCAUGAUUACCAAUCUUGGCUGCUUGAUCAUGUACCUGAUCAUAAUCGGUGACGUAUUCUCCGGCAACAAGGGAGGAGAAGAAGUGCAUUUAGGAGUGCUGCAACAAUGGUUUGGGAUUCAAUGGUGGAAUUCGCGAGAGUUCUCAAUUUUUUUCACCGUCGUCUUCGUUCUGCUUCCUCUGGUUCUUUUCCGACGCGUCGAUUCUCUGAGAUUCAGUUCGUUUGUAUCGGUUGUUCUGGCCGUCGUUUUCGUUGGAAUAAGCUCCGUAUUGGCGAUAAUGGCGAUCGUUCAAGGCAAAACGAAGAGCACGAGAUUGGUACCGGAGGUCGAUGAUAAAACCUCCUUCUUCGAACUCUUCACUGCCGUUCCAGUUCUUGUCACUGCCUUCACUUUUCAUUUCAAUGUUCAUCCAAUAAGUUCUGAACUUCAGAAGUCAUCGGACAUGAUCACGGCGGUUCGAGUUUCGCUCGUUCUUUGCGCCGUUAUCUACUGCGCGAUUGGCGCUUUCGGGUACCUGUUAUUUGGGGACUCAAUAAUGUCAGACAUUCUAACCAACUUUGAUGAGAGUUCUGAUUCAACAACAGGAACUUUGUUGAAUGAUGUGGUGAGAUUAAGCUAUGCACUUCAUCUUAUGCUGGUUUACCCUCUGCUCAACUUCUCACUAAGGUUCAAUAUAAAUGAGUACCUGUUCCCAAAGAAGCCUCCUUUGGCCACAGAUUCAACAAGGUUUUUGGCCAUAACAAUGGCUUUGCUCUUCUUCACCUACUUGGCUGCAAUAGUGUUCCCAAACAUAUGGUCUAUUUUUCAGUUCAUGGGCUCAACUUCAGCUGCCUGCCUCGCCUUCAUCUUCCCCGGCGCUGUCGCUCUCAGGGAUGUGAAUGGAAUAUCAACAAAAAGGGACAAGGUGGUUGCUUCAGUAAUGGUAACUCUGGCAGUGGCAACCAGCAUUAUUGCCAUUGCUACAAACAUAAACAAGGCAUUGAGCAAUUCUUAAGUUCAGAAGCGGAUUCGAAAUUUCAACACCUUUACAGAGGUAAGUAAUUAAUGUCUUAACCAAUUGAAUUAUGUUUA